GCGCUCAGGCCGCGAGCGGCGGUACUACGGCAAGUCGGCGAGCCGACGUCGUGCUCGUUUCCCACGCGGUGACAGCGACAGUGACGCUUCGUGCCCGCGUGACGCCGCGUCCCCGCGGUAAGUAGUGAUGUAAGCAGUGAUGCAAGCGGUGAUGCUCGGUUCCGCGGCGGUGCGAACGUGGACGCUGUAGCUGUCAGCUGGACGCGACGCGACGCGACGCGGCGCGGCGUGGCGCGGCUCAGGGAAUCCCAGCGCCGAGCGGAGCAGCGGACUUCCCUCCCCCCCGACUGGGCGCUCCCUGCUCGGCGGCGCGAUACGCGAUGCGGCGCUCCCGGCUCCGCGGCUUCCCAGGUGGUGAAGAGACGACGCAGAGAGAGGGACCGGCGGCGGCAGAGUGGCUAGACGUCUGUGGGAUGUGUCACCAAGCUGCAAAGGCAGUAUGUCUGGAUCGACCAGCGACGGUUCUGUAGCCUUCGAACCUUCCGCAAGUCCAGCACCUGGUGUGAGCAGCUCUUUUGUGUGAAAGUCCACUGUCAGGCUACAGGAGUGUGGACCAUGACAGACCCAAUCCUGGACCUGUUUGAUGAACAUGGCUUGUUUGAUGGGGGGUUGGAGGGGCUCACAGAGGAGAGCUUCAGCGUGGGGUCCGUGUCCCUGGUGGACGAGCUCAGCCUCAACAGUGACUUUGAGCCUUUGCAAGCAGAGCCCAUGGGUUCAGCAAAGCCCUCGGGCCCCCCAGCCCCCUUCUUCUCUCAGCAGAACCUGUGCCUUGAGGGGCAGCUAGGAUGCUAUGAUGCUGCCAAGGGUGGAGACACUGCAGAUCAGUCAUUCUCAGGUGAGGACGCUUUGGUCCAGCAUUCCCAGUUCCAACUUUGUGCUGUCCAGCAAGCGGAGGAAUCCGACACGCUGUUCCCUGACAGCAGUCCCAUGUGGGGAAACCAGGAUCUGAGUGGUGACCCUCUUCAUCAGGUAGCUCCACAGCAUCAAGGCCACCGCCCACCAAUAGAACAGCACCACCACCUUCAGCAGCCCCAGCGGCACUUGGAUCACCAGGUUCUGCCACAGUCGGACUUUGCGUUCUAUCCGGAUGAUCCCAGUCAGAAGCCGCUCCAGACCGCCCGUCACGAGCCGACUCGGAGACACAGCCCUUUCUGCCACGUGGGUGGCCCCAAUGCACAGCCGCCCUUUCUGGACACCCCCAGCGCUUUGCUUUCGGAUGGGCUUCCUCAGCAGGAAGUAACAACCCUGAGUCACCAAAUAGGGCAGUCGUCGUACCCUGGUUCAACCCCGGCUGACCACCUGUCCUUCUACUCAGUCUCCGGAGCUGUGUCAGUGACCCCAAGUGACCCUGUCCAGGCUUGUAAGGGCCAACACCAACAGCAGGGUCCCAUUCACCUGGCGGAGGGCUGCCCCCUUCGGGCCACGCAGCACUCAAGGCCGGUCCCGGAAGGCUACAGCGGCGCCGGGCUCUUCCCCGAGAGCCUUGACUCUUACAGUGCCGCUGUUUCUCAGCUCCUCUCUGACCAUCCAGGUGAGUCAGGGCCGUGUCCACCGCCCGCACUCAGCAGCAACGGCUACCAGGGGCUAGACGAGAGUCUGCUGCAGCAAGUGGGCACGCACGGCAGCGGGUUUGAAGAGCUGGAGCCACACGAUCUCCUCGGAGAUGACCUCCUUCCACAACUGGAGUCGGCGCUGAGUCCAGGGACUUCCACCGGGCAACCCGAGUCAUUCAGCUGUCCGUGGAUGAAUGGUAGAAAUGAAGCCGAGGAAGAAAAUCCUUUUUCCAUCUACUGCGAGACGGAGCCCCCUAAAAACACUAAUGGUUCGGGCAGCUACACACGAGUACACAGCACUGCAAUGAAGAGCAGUUCCUCAUCUUCCUCUUCGUCCUCCUCGUCGUCGUAUUCCUCGUACUCCUCCUCAGAGAAGAGGGCUCUGAGAAAGCCGGCGUCCAUGGAGUCAGCGGUGGAGGACAAGCAGGAGAAGGCCAACAGGAUCAUCUCGGAAGCCAUUGCCAAGGCUAGGGAGCGGGGUGAGAAGAACAUCCCUCGAGUGAUGAGUCCUGAGAGCUUCCCCUGUUCCUCUGGGAACAAGGGGCACCGGGGCAGCAAAGCCCGGCCCAAGGACAAACCGCCCAGACUGGCCAGGAUCGUACCCUCCUCCAAGCCUAAGCAAAAGGCCAAGAUCGGGAAAAUAGUAAUUAAGUUUGGGAAGAAGAAGAAGCGGAAGAAUGAGUCUUCUGAGGAUUUGUCUGAGGAUGAGCACCCCCCACGGCGCUCCUCCAAGGAGGACGAUUCUAAGAGACGGUCUAAUCGUCAGGUUAAGCGGAAGAAGUAUGCAGAGGAUGGGGAGCCCAGGGUGUCUGAUGAAGAGGCGAAGACGACUGUGAAGGCGAAGAAAACAUCUGUGACUGCUCACAAAGAGCCGACUGUGCAGUUGUUUGUUGAAAACCCAAGUGAGGAGGAUGCUGCUGUUGUUGACAAGAUCAUGUCCUCACGAAUAGUGAAGAAGGAGGUUUCUCCAGGAGUUGUAGUUGAAGUUGAGGAGUUCUUUGUCAAAUACAAAAACUACUCCUAUCUGCACUGCGAAUGGGCCACUGAGCAGCAGCUGGUCAAGGACAAGAGGAUCCAGCAGAAGAUCAAGCGCUUCAAGAUAAAACAGGCACAGAGGGCUCACUUCUUUGCCGACAUGGAAGAGGAUCCCUUCAACCCUGAUUAUGUGGAGGUAGACAGAGUACUGGAUGUAUCGUACUGUGAGGACAAGGAAAGUGGAGAGCCUGUGGUCUACUAUCUGGUCAAGUGGUGUUCCCUGCCUUAUGAGGACAGCACCUGGGAGCUCAAGGAGGAUGUGGACCAGAGCAAGAUAGAGGAAUUUGAGCAGCUGCAGGCAGCCCGUCCGGAUCCCCGCAGGGUGGAGCGACCGCCAGCCAGCCACUGGAAGAAGCGGGAGCAGUCGCGGGAAUACCGCAACGGCAACAGGCUCAGGGACUACCAGCUGGAGGGAGUCAACUGGCUCCUUUUCAACUGGUACAACAGGCGAAACUGUAUCCUGGCUGAUGAGAUGGGUCUGGGCAAAACCAUCCAGUCCAUCACAUUUCUGGAGGAGAUCCACCGGACGGGGAUCCAGGGACCAUUCCUUAUCAUCGCUCCACUUUCUACCAUUGCCAACUGGGAGCGCGAGUUCCGCACAUGGACACACCUCAACGUUAUCGUGUACCACGGUAGCGUGGUCAGUCGGCAGAUGCUGCAGCAGUAUGAAAUGUACUUCAGGGACUCACAGGGACGCGUGGUGCGAGGGACCUACAGGUUUCAGGCCAUCAUCACUACCUUUGAGAUGAUCCUGGGUGGCUGCCCUGAGCUCAAUGCCGUGGAGUGGCGUUGCGUCAUCAUCGAUGAAGCUCAUAGGCUCAAGAAUAAGAACUGCAAGCUGCUUGAGGGUUUCAAGCUCAUGAGUCUGGAGCACAAGGUUCUCCUCACUGGCACACCGCUUCAGAACACUGUGGAGGAGCUAUUCAGCCUGCUGCACUUCCUAGAGCCUUCCCGCUUCUCCUCAGAGAGUACCUUUAUGCAGGAAUUUGGGGACUUGAAGACUGAGGAGCAGGUCCAGAAGCUGCAGGCCAUUCUGAAGCCUAUGAUGUUGCGAAGGUUGAAGGAGGAUGUCGAGAAGAAGUUGGCACCCAAAGAGGAGACGAUCAUUGAGGUGGAACUCACCAACAUCCAGAAAAAGUACUACCGAGCUAUCCUGGAGAAGAACUUCUCCUUCCUGGCUAAGGGUGCUGGCCAAGCAAAUGUUCCCAACCUGGUGAACACCAUGAUGGAACUGCGCAAGUGCUGUAACCACCCAUACCUCAUCACAGGGGCAGAGGAGAAGAUCUUGGAGGACUUUCGGGAGGUUUACAGCCCAAAUGCUCCAGAUUUUCACCUACAGGCUAUGGUGCAGUCAGCUGGAAAGCUAGUUCUUAUUGACAAACUGCUCCCCAAAAUGAAGGCUGGAGGCCACAAGGUCCUCAUCUUCUCUCAGAUGGUGCGCUGCCUGGACAUUCUGGAGGACUAUCUUAUUCAGAGACGGUACCUGUACGAGAGGAUUGACGGGCGUGUCCGGGGCAACCUGCGGCAGGCGGCCAUUGAUCGCUUCAGCAAGCCUGACUCUGACCGCUUUGUCUUCCUGCUGUGUACCCGCGCCGGGGGGCUGGGUAUCAACCUGACAGCUGCAGACACAUGCAUCAUUUUUGACUCUGACUGGAACCCCCAGAAUGACCUUCAGGCCCAGGCCCGCUGCCACAGGAUCGGUCAGAACAAGGCAGUGAAAGUGUACCGGCUGAUCACCCGUAACUCCUAUGAGCGGGAGAUGUUUGACCGCGCCAGCCUGAAGUUGGGCCUCGACAAAGCCGUACUACAGAGCAUGAGUGGGCGUGAGAACAGCGUGGGCGGCCAGAUUCAGCAGCAGCUCUCCAAGAAGGAGAUUGAGGACCUGCUACGACGGGGUGCCUAUGGGGCCCUCAUGGAUGAGGAGGACGAGGGAUCCAAGUUUUGCGAGGAGGACAUCGACCAGAUCCUGCAGCGGAGGACCAAAACGAUCACUAUUGAGUCUGAGGGCCGUGGGUCCACUUUCGCCAAGGCUAGCUUUGUGGCCUCUGGGAACAGGACUGACAUAUCUCUAGAUGACCCCAACUUCUGGGACAAGUGGGCUAAGAAAGCAGAGAUUGACAUAGACAGUGUUAAUGGCAGAAAUAGCCUCGUGAUCGACACACCGCGCAUUCGGAAACAGACACGCCCAUUCAGCGCUACCAAGGAUGAGCUCGCAGAACUCUCUGAGGGUGAAAGCGACAGUGACGACAAGCCCAAGCUGCGGCGGACCUAUGACCGCCUUAGUAGCUACGGGCGCACUGAGUGCUUCCGUGUCGAGAAGAACCUGCUGGUAUAUGGGUGGGGCCGCUGGAAGGACAUCCUGCAUGGGAGGUUUAAGCGGCAGCUCAGCGAGCGGGAUGUGGAGAUGAUCUGCCGGGCGCUGCUGGCCUACUGCCUCGUACAUUAUCGCGGUGAUGACAAGAUCAAGAGCUUCAUGUGGGACCUGAUCGCCCCCUCUGAAGACGGUCGCACCCGGGAACUUCAGAACCACCUGGGGCUGUCCACCCCAGUGCCACGAGGAAGGAAGGGAAAGAAGGUGAAGACUCAGACCAGUUCCUUUGACAUCCAGAAGGCCGAGUGGCUUCGCAAACACAACCCAGAGCACAUGCUGCAAGACGAUGGCUACAAGAAACACCUCCGGCAUCACUGCAACAAGGUUCUGCUCCGGGUUCGGAUGCUGUACUACCUGAAACAGGAGGUGAUUGGCAACCAGUCCCAGAAGGUCUUGGAUGGGGUGGAUUUCAACGAGAUUGAGAUCUGGGUUCCGGAGCUGGAUCACUCGGAGCUACCGGCUCUUUGGUGGGAUGCAGAUGCAGACAAGUGCCUCUUGUUGGGGGUCUAUAAACACGGAUACGAGAAGUACAACACGAUCCGUGCAGACCCAGCUCUUUGCUUCCUGGACCGUGUGGGCCGGCCUGACGAGAAAGCUAUCGCUGCCGAGCAGCGCGCCAAUGACUUCAUAGACGGCUUGAAAGAAGGAUGUGAGAUCGUGAUGUGUGACCUGGAGCUGGUGCGGUCUCUGCACAGGGACGUGGACGAUCCGGAAUACAAGCCUGCUCCUGCGUUACUCAAGGACGAUAUGGAGGAUGAUGCCUCCUCUUCUGGAGACUUGGUCAUCACUGAUGCUGCUGGAGAAGGGGGGGCAGUUUCGGAAGGGAACUCAGUGUACUGGCCCCCACCCUCUGCCCUGACGGCUCGCCUGCGCCGCCUGAUCACUGCCUCCCAGCGCUACACAAAGAGCCGCCAGAUCCUCCACAUCCACCAAGCCCAACAAACCCUGCCGGCCCCAUCCUGUGUCCUGCUGCCCCCUUCCCUAACGCUCACCGACCCCCUCAAUCCCAAGAUGGCUGCCAAGAUGGAGCGUCAACAGAGAUGGACCAGACGAGAAGAGGCUGACUUCUACCGUGUGGUGUCCACAUUUGGCGUGGUGUUUGACCCCGACGCAGCCCGCUUUGACUGGACCAAGUUCAGGGCCAUGGCACGCCUGCACAAAAAGACGGAUGAGAGCCUGCAGAAGUACCUAUGUGCCUUCACGGCGAUGUGUCGGAGAGUGUGCCGCCUGCCAGCGCAGGACAGCGAUUUUGUGGACCCCUCUAUCUCCAUCCAGCCAAUCACAGAGGAGCGUGCAUCGCGCACUCUCUACCGCAUCGAGCUGCUGCGUAAGGUGCGAGAGCAGGUGCUGCGACACCCACAGUUGUACGAUCGCCUGACGCUGUGUCAGCCGGGGCCGGACCUGCCCGUAUGGUGGGAGCCAGGGCGCCACGAUCGGGACCUGCUGAUCGGGGCAGCCAAGCAUGGCGUCAGCCGGACAGACUACCACAUCCUGCGCGACCCCGAGCUUGGCUUCACGGCAGCUCAGCGCAAUUACAGCCAGCAGGCUAGCGGUCCGGGGCGUGCUUCUGCAGCGCUGCUCGUGCCCCAGUGCCACGGCCCGGCAGCAGGCAACACACCAGCUGGGCCGCCCCGCAAUCCCGACACCCAGGUGGAACAAGAUGACGCAGUACACAAGGAGGAGCCCACGUCAGGGGACGAGAGUGAUGGCAAGGAGCAGCCCGAGCACUGGAGUCCGCCAUCAGGACCCCCCACCCCGACUGGCCUGAACGACAAGGCAGUUUCUGCCAAAGAAGAGAGCGAGAGACGCAUGGUGGCAGCACGGACCAAACCCCUCACACCCAAUUCAGGGGCCAAGAAACAGAAGAAGGCGAGCAAACGGAGUCGCAGGGAAACGCCCAGGGGCUCCGCUUCCGACUCUGAUUCAGACGGCUCCUCGUCCUGUUCCUCCUCCCGCUCCUCCUCUUCCUGCUCCUCCUCAUCAUCCUCCUGCUCACGCUCCAGUUCCAGCUCGUCUUCCUCGUCCUCCUCCUGCUCCUCAGGCUCCUCCUCUUCCUCCUCGUCUUCCUCGUCGUCCUCCUCCGAGGACAGUGAGAGUGAGGAAGAGGGAGGCGCAGAAAGAGUGCCACCGGUCGCCAACGUGAAGGGCUUCGACGAGGACAGCGCAGCCUCCCUCAGCACCACACAGGAUGAAACCCAAGACAGCUACCUCACCGAGAAUGGCCUACCAUCCUCCAACCCUUUCCAGGGGGGUUAUAUGCUCGCUGCCUCCUACUGGCCAAAGGACCGUGUCAUGAUCAACCGACUGGACAGCAUCUGCCAGGUAGUUCUGAAGGGGGUUUGGCCAACAGCAAGGCGUGUCUACGAGGGGAACAUGGUGUCCUACACCACCAAGCUGCUAGAUCGCCCCAGUGGCCCCCGAGAGGACCCCUCUGCAUCUCCUCACAGGUCAAAGGUGAAGAAGCAUGUCCCAGAAAAGGAGUUUUCAGUGACAAUCAGUGACGAAGGGGGCCUCAAGCUCACGUUCCAGAAGCAGGGUGGUCCCCAGAAGCGGCCCCUGGAGGCAGAGGAGGGGCCCCUAGCUCAGCAGCAGUAUCUGGCCCGCCUGCAGGAGCUACAGAGUGCCUCGGAAGCCAGCCUGGCUGAUUUCACCAAUCCACAGUCUGUCCCACCCCAAGGUCCCACAGGGCAGAUGAGGCUCAACGGAGCCCUGGAUGGUCAGCCAGCGCUGAAGAAAAGAAGGGGCCGGCGGAAGAAUGUGGAGGGCGUGGACUCGCUGCUCGCAAACAAGAGCAGAACCCCUGCACUGUCAGACCAUGCGACUCAGGCCUGGUGUGGCAGUGCCCAGACUACCCCCUCUGUGCCCUCCCUGUUGGCAUACGGUCACACCCAGGUCCCAGUGGAUGCUGAGAGCAGGGUCCCCGUCAUCAACCUAAAGGACGGCACCCGCCUGGCUGGGGAAGACGCCCCCAAGAGGAAGGAUCUGGAGCAGUGGCUGAAGGAGCACCCAGGAUUUGUCGCAGAUGUGGGGGCGUAUAUCCCUGGCGUCAGCAGGAUGCAGUUUCCAGACGGGCGGCCCAAACAAAAAAGGCAUCGCUGUCGUAACCCCAACAAGAUCGACGUGAACAGCCUGACAGGGGAGGAGCGCGUGCAGAUCAUCAACAGGAGGAACGCCAGGAAGGUGGGUGGUGCCUUUGCACCCCCGCUGAAAGACCUGUGCCGCUUCCUCCAGGAGAAUCCAGAGUACGGUGUGCCCCCGGAGUGGGCCGACGUGGUGAAGCAGUCGGGCUACCUGCCAGAAAGCAUGUUUGAUCGCAUCCUGACGGGGCCAAUUGUCCCAGAGGAGGUCAGCCGGCGUGGCCGACGGCCCAAGAGCAUGCUGGCUAAGGCUGCUGCGGCGUCAGGUGGCACUGGUGCCCCCCCUCUUGGCCUGAACCCUCUGCUGACCAACGGGCUGCUUCCAGGUAUGGACCUGUCCAGUCUGCAGGCCCUGCAACAGAACCUCCACAGUCUGCAGUCCCUGCAGCUGAGCACCGGCCUCAUGGGCCUGCAGGGCGACACCAGCAACUUGGCGGCCAUGUUCCCGAUGAUGCUCUCAGGCAUGGCGGGUCUGCCGAACCUUCUUGGUGUCAGUGGCCUGCUGAGCAAGGGCCAGGAAGGACCGGCAGGCACUGAAAAUGGAAAUAAAGGCAGUGAUGGGAGUGAUGGCGGUUCCAAGGCUCCGCCCCUUAAUACACCGCAGACCUCGGACAGCAAAGGUGAAAGGACAGAGGGCCAAACUGACGACACCCCUGCCUCCAGCAGUACCGCUCCACGUAGUGCUUCUACCGCAGCAGCUGCAGGCACUGCAUCCGGCUCUCCGCUGGCCAUCAACUCGCUGCUCUUGUCCAGUGUGUUGUACCCAGGCGUGCUGCUCGCUCCAGGCCUUAACCUCCCCUCGACCACUGCGUCUCAGCCUGACCAGCAGCCACAGAGCACUCAGAACAAGCGCUCUCCGUCAGGGGAUGUGUCCCAGGAGGUGGGGCCAGCAAAGGGGGAGGAGUCAGGUGAGGAGGAGGAGGAGGAGGAAUCUGUUGAGCAGAAGGAGAACAGCGGGGCAGAGGGCUCUGAUAAAGUAGAGUCUUCAUCAUCUGAGUCAGACAGCACCUCUUCAUCGUCAGAGGAUUCAGACUCCAGCGAUGAAGACUGAGUGUUUCCCCUUUCAAAUGUAUAUAUACAGAUAUAUUAAUUAUU